GUGCGUCUUGCCUUUGAAUUUAAAGUUAACAUUUGCUGCACUUCGUAGUUUGCAAAUUUUAUUUUAUUGUACAAUUAUUUUAUUGUAUUUUUAUUUUAUUCAUCCAUAUUUAAUCAUACGAUUGGAUUUAUCUGAAGCAUAUUUUUUUUCAUCAUCUAUCAAUCAUUACAAUGUCAGAAUUCGUCCAAUCUGCAGUCAAUUGGCAAAUACCGACAUUCCUUAUUGUGACUGGGGCCAGUCGAGGACUUGGACAAACUUUAGCGAUUGAAUUCUGUAAGAAAUUGUGCGAUGGCAGUGAUGCUUUCUUAUUAGCUCGUGAUAAAUCUAAAUUAACAUUAACCCAGGAUGCUAUUUCAUCUACUACUUCUGUUAAACCACAAAUCGUUGCUAUAGAUCUGGCUCUUCCAGAUAGUCCUAGUUAUGAGCAUCUUUUAACUAAAUAUGCUCAGAAAAGCUACAGCCAGGUUAUAUUAAUUCAUAACGCUGGAACAUUAGGUGAUGUGUCAAAAACAGCUGCAAAUUGUACUUCUUCUUCAGAGAUCCGAGAUUAUUUUGAUCUGAAUGUGCAUUCUGCCAUGUUCCUAACUUCAGCAUUCCUCAAAGUCUUUGAAAAGUCUGAAAGAAAGCUAAUUAUCAACAUAUCCUCCUUAGCAGCUAUUCAACCAUUUCAAGGAUGGAAUUUAUAUUGCACAGGAAAAGCUGCUAGAGAGAUGUAUUUCAGAGUUCUUGCAGAAGAAAACAAAAAUUCAGUUGUAGUUCUGAACUAUGCUCCUGGGCCAUUAGUGACAGACAUGUUACCACAAAUUCUGCAUCAGGCACUGCCAGAAAUUAGACAACAAUUUGAAAGUGCUCAGAAUCAAAAUCAAUUACUCACUUGUGAUUAUACAGUACAGAGGCUCUUGGGAAUUCUGGAAAGAUCAAGGUUUAAAUCUGGAGACCAUGUGGAUGUCUUUGACCUUAACUAUUAGUGAUUGAUGUGUAAUUUUUAAAUUAUUUGCCUUUCAUUUUUUCUUAAAAUGAUUCUUCAUGAACAGGCAAAGAUGAUUUAUACAUUCCAUAGUUGACCUAUUAAUUAUGUAAAUGAACCACUAUAAAAUGCUAAUUUUUUUUAUUUUAAUUAUUGAUUUUCUUUUCUUUCCUUUUUUUUUACUGAAAUAAUUAAUUUGAUUGUGCCAAUUAACCCUCUGAGUUGUUUCUAUUUGAACUGUAUUAAAGUGCUCUUUAAUACAAUUCAGAUAGAAAUAACUUUGUUUUAUUUGAAAGUUUUUGAAUUGUAAAACACUGUUUUAUGUACAUUAGGUUAAAAGCUUAAAUUUUUUUUGUUGAUAUUAUUAUUUAUAGUUGAUACUAAAAAUAUACAGUAGGCUCCUGUACUCAUAAUAUAUCCUUUCUAUUGUGUCAAAAUGCAGACUAGGUAAUGAAAUAGGACAAAGUUCCAUUUUCUUCCUUCCUCCUAUGUAAUUAAAAAUAUUUGUUACUCCUUUAAGAUUAUAAAUGAUUAAUGCUAAAAAAAAACUCAAUGUGUAUCAAUAAACUACAGGAAUAAUGUGUUAAAUUGAGACUAGUCAAGAAUCAAAAUGGGCAGGAGACCGCUUUAGCAUUCUUCAAUUUUGCCUUCUCCACCCACCAUGACAGCCAGUUUCUAUAUUCCUAAUUUUUUAUUGGACUGGAUAGUAUGGAAGCUGUGCAAUCUGGAGCCUACAUAUCUAUAUAAUAAAUACUAUAUUCAUUGUACAAAAGUUUCAUACAAAUACAUUGUAAUCUUUUAAAAAUGAGGAUUAUAUAAUUUUUUCAAACAUUUCCAUUUAUUUGUGAUGAAAAUUGUUUUUUAAAUACCCUUAAUAUGACUAGAAUAUGUCAAAACUCUUAUAACAUUUAUUGUAAUAGACAGUAUUUUAAAUUAAUUAGUAAUAUGAAUUGAAACUCAUUAAAAUAUUAAAACUCAUAAUAUAUUCCCAAUCACGACUUAUUGAUGAACUGUACACCCUUUAACAAAAAUCAAAGUUUUGAAUUUAAAAACAUUCAAAAUUUGCACAAUUAUUUUUAAAAAAAUUUUUUUUUUUUAAAUUUAAACUGUUGUUAACAAACUAGACUUUCCCAUGUAGCCAAUUAGAGAGAUGAUGCUUAACAGCCAUAUUUUUGUUGUUGAUCGAAAGAGCUUUUCGCCUAAAGCGUUAUAAAUGUUUUUAAAACUUGUAUUCGUAACUCAUGAAAUUAUUAAAAUGAUUCUGUCUUCAAA